CCCUAAAGCCACUCAACAUCUCCGCUCUCACACUUUCACCAACUAUCUCUAUUCAAUUUCGAUUCGAAAGAGACGAUGAGCACCGGCGCAGCAAGCGGCACGACGAAAGGAGGGAGAGGAAAGCCAAAGGCCACCAAGUCCGUCUCUCGUUCCUCGAAAGCCGGUCUUCAGUUCCCCGUCGGAAGAAUCGCGAGAUUCCUCAAAGCCGGUAAAUACGCGGAGCGUGUCGGUGCCGGAGCUCCGGUUUACCUCUCCGCCGUUCUCGAGUACCUCGCCGCUGAGGUGUUGGAGCUCGCUGGAAACGCGGCGAGGGAUAACAAGAAGACGCGUAUUGUCCCGAGGCAUAUUCAGCUUGCGGUGAGGAAUGAUGAGGAGCUGAGUAAGCUUCUGGGAGCUGUGACGAUUGCUAACGGAGGAGUGUUGCCGAAUAUUCAUUCGAAUCUUUUGCCUUCCAAGGUUGGGAAGAACAAAGGAGAUAUUGGAUCUGCUUCUCAAGAGUUUUGAGUUUCAUUUUAUCUCUUGUUUUUUUGGAUGUAACUUUAGCUAAUAUAUGCUUCUUGAUUAAUAUCGUAAGGUUUGCC